CUGCUACUCGCUUCCCACUGGCAUUCAGGCGUUUGCGCUUCAUGCUUCUACUGCGCCCUCCCCCGUGACUGUUGUCCGGUAACUGGGGUCCUCCAGGGCUCCCCCAGGUGAACACAAAGAUCACACAUCACACAUCCAGCCGGAGCAGAAGGGGGGAUGACUGAAAGAAGUUGUGUGAUCCAGAAAAUCCGGCGGUUCUGACGGCGCUGUUCCAAGAGACGCAAACAAUAUGAUGUCUGCCAUAGAGAAUGGUGCCCCUGUGUACCCACCGGCACAGCUGCUCAACUGGGUCUACAUGUCUUUGCAAGACACUCAGAGCAGCACUUUUGAUGCGUUCAAAGCCGAAUCGGACACUUCCCCACUGGACAUGAACGUCUCCAAGCGCAGCGCAGCUGAUCUGAGCGCCAACUAUCUUAACAACUUCUUCCAUCUGAGGAGUGAGGCCUUGAACAACAAUUUCUACAAGAGCUCCUCGCCCUACGGGUCCCUCAACAAUAUCGUGGAAGGCCUGAGCUCUCUGGCGGACCAUUUCUCAGACCUCUCCCUGUCCCCCGAGACACGCAAACCCAGCAAAAGGCCGCCGCCCAACUACCUGUGCCACCUUUGCUUCAAUAAAGGCCACUACAUCAAAGAUUGCCCUCAGGCUCGACCAAAAGGUGAAGGCCUGACCCCGUAUCAGGGAAAGAAGAGGUGUUUCGGUGAAUAUAAAUGCCCUAAAUGCAAGAGGAAGUGGAUGAGCGGGAACUCCUGGGCCAACAUGGGACAAGAAUGUAUUAAGUGCCACAUCAACGUUUACCCUCAUAAGCAGCGACCUCUGGAGAAACCGGACGGGUUAGAUGUGUCGGACCAGAGCAAGGAGCAUCCACAACACCUGUGUGAAAAAUGCAAAGACCUCGGCUACUACUGCCGCCGCGUGCAAUAAAAACUCUCUACUUGCCUUAUGAUCCUUUCAAAGCUUUAUAAAACAGGGAGAUAUAUUUUAUUUACAAAAAAUACAUUAUUGACUUCGUUGGACUUAAUGCAUCUAACGGUUUUAUUGUCAUGACACUCUCUUUGACACUGUGACUCUCGGUAUAAGAGGCUCAUUUUUUUGUUUUUAAGUAUCUCUCCAUGGAGUCGAGUUCUUUAUAUUUGCUGGGUUCUUGUAACUUACUCAGCAGUCAUUAUGUGAAUAUUCAUUUGAAGUCUUUAACUAUGAAUCUUACCAACUGUGAAUUAAAAAAAAACGUAAGUUCUGUUUCUGUCUUCACUCAUGUCUAACAUGUUGGAACAAAAGUUUCCGGAUGAAGAAGAUUCUCUUUUUCAUGUUUGUAUAUUCCAGAAAUAACUUAAACGUAAUGAUGUUUCUGUAUGAAAUAUGCAACAAGUCUUUACUAAGUAGGAUAUGCAGUAUUAGUGUGUACCUGCAUUAUUAUUAUAAUCUGUAUUAUCAGUACUGGAGGGUACAUCAUUUUUGAAUAUAUUUUUAAGCCAUUACUGUUUUGAUUAUUACACAUUGUGAAGGAAUAUAUUAGCCAACUAACAUUUAUUCUUUAUAAGUAUGCGUCUGUAGGAAGUUUGUCAUUCCAACUAUGAAAACAAUAUGGUAGAAACAUUUAGAUUCCUGAAAAAUAGAAUAAAUUACAGAAGUUAUAUUUUAGCACCCAGUGCCAAGAAAGUCUCUCCAAAGUGCUUUUCAUGGGUCAGAGGUCGUAAUGUCUCAGAUGUAAAAUGAGUUCACAUCCGCACCAAAGAUCAUUAAGUGGAAGGUUGCAUGUGCAUGUUGAUUUAGAGGCUCUUUGUAUUUCAAUGAAAGUGUUAUGAUACAUGAAUAUGGAACAGAAAUACACUGUAAGAUGUGUGAAACACCAUUUAUUGUGCCUUAAUUCAAAUGAUCUCUUCAAAUGUUUUUGUAUUAAAAUGUAUUUAAACUUGU